AUGUGGAGUGCGUUUUCGUCCCUGUCUGUGUUCGCGGGUCACAAGUAUUUCCUGUUACUGUCAUGGGAGGCAGCUCUUCACAACCAUCUCCUCCUCCGUUCAGCUCCACCUCCAUCUCCACUUUUAAGAACGUCAUGGAGGGAGAUAACUUGGGGAGACAACAAGAAUGCUCUUCAGUACUUGAAGAAUUUUCGGCCUCAAAAUGAGGAGGCAAACCACAUCAGAGUCCUGCUGUACGGCCCAGUCGGUGCUGGGAAGUCCAGCUUCAUCAACUCCGUCAACAACGUCCUGCAGGGCAGAAUGACCAAUGAAGCUCUGGCCAGCAACACAACCUCUGAUCAAAGUUUCACCAAGAUUUAUCAAACCUAUCAAAUCAAGAAAGGAAGCAAGGGAAACUUUUAUCCAUUUGUGUUCAAUGACAUCAUGGGUCUGGAGGACGGAGAUGGAAGAGGAGUCAGAACAGAUGACAUUAAAAACGCCUUGAAGGGACAUGUGAAGGAUGGAUAUAAGUUCAAUCCUGUAUCUCCUCUUUCUGAUGGUGAUCAUGGCUACACCUCUUCCCCGUCCAUCAGUGACAGAGUUCAUGUUCUGGUCUGCAUUUAUUCUGCUAAUGCAGCACAAAUGAAUCAGUCUGUUUUACAGAAGAUGAGGGAAAUCAGAGAAGCAGCCAGUGAGCUGGGAAUCCCUCAGCUGGCGAUUCUCAGCCACGUUGAUGAAGCCUGUGGUGAAACAGAAAGAGAUCUGAAAAACGUCUACAAGAGCAAACAUUUAAAGAAAAAGAUGGGUGACUUCAGCUCCAGCCUGGGGAUCCCAAUGAACUGCAUCCUCCCAGUGAAGAACUACAGUGAUGAAAUUCAGCUGAAUUCAGACGUCACCACUCUGAUCCUGAGUGCUCUGAGGCUGAUGAUUGACUUCGGAGACGACUACGCCGACAAACUGUGAAGCCACAAAACUGUUUGUGGGGAUGUGCAUGAAAAUCACAGCAGUAAUGUUGGUUAUGUGUAUCACUACAUAGUGGUUGAGGAGAACAUAACGGUUGAGUAUGAGGUUUUAUGACCAUGACCUUUACACAUGUUUCCUGCUUUUCUCUCUCAGCCAUUUUCUGUUAAAAUAAGCCUUUUGGUGAAAUAAGGAAUAAUUAAAGGGACAAUGUGCUUUUACAAUCGUAAUGUUGGUCAGUUGGGAAUAGAUUUGGUAAAAAGUAAAGAGCUCACUUAGAUGCACCAAUAUUCCGUUUUAUCCAUUUGUUUACUGGUCUUUUAUAGUGAUAGAAAAAGCAACACAUUUACGCUCAUGUUAUUCAUUUAGUUAAAUUAACAAACUUUUUGUUACAUUAAGUUCUGUUGUAUGUUUUUUUUAAAAUGUUAGUAAAACAAGUGCCUGUAGUUGCUCAUAACAUAAUUUUUUUAGACCUAUGACUGUAUUGUAAUUUGUUUGGUUGAUGUUGAAUGCAUUUACAUCCUGCGUAUCACUUUCCACUUUGAGAAAAGUCGCCACCAAAGUUUUCACAGCGGUUUCAGGUCAACGUUUCACACGUUUCUAUUGUUGGUUCAUUGAUCAUAGAACAUUUGGAAAGCGAUCUAUAAAUGUGUAUGAUAGUCAUAAAAUAAUGUUACAGUUUGAAUCAUGUUAAAUAAAAAAAUUAAUUAAUUAAAAA